AUGGCCGCGAGAACCAUUAUCAUCGAUCAUGGGUCUGGCUUUCUGAAGGCUGGCUUGUCUGGGUGGAAUGAACCCCAGAUGGUCUUCCCGAGCAUCGUGAACUACGUCCCGUGCAGGGAGAAUCCUGGCCCCAGCUAUGCCCAGAGGCGCGUGAGUCUAGGCAUCGACAUUUGCCAUCCUGAUACCUUUAGCUACCCCAUCCAGCGUGGCCGUAUCCUCAACUGGGAGGGCGUGGAGCACAUCUGGUCAUUUGUGCUGGAGAGACACAGACGGGAGCAUGAGGACUUCCCUGUGAUGGUCACAGAGUCCCCUCUGAGAGAGCCUGCGGACCGACGGAAGACCCUGGAGAUUAUGUUUGAGUUACAGGAUGUGCCGUCCAUCCUGCUGGCCGACCAGCUGGAGAUGUCCCUGUACGCCUCCGGCCUCCUGACCGGCGUGGUCGUGGAUUCGGGCUACGGCCUGACCCGUGUGCAGCCCUUCCACCUGGGCCGCCCCUUGCGGUCCGGCGGUAAGACGCUGGAGUUCGCGGGCCAGGAUCUGUCGGCCUAUCUCUUCAAGAGCCUCUUCAAGGAGGAUUGUAAUCGCCACAACCUGUUCCAGUUGGAGACGGUGGCCACCACCCAGAUGAGCAAGUGCUACGUGCCCCAGAAUCUGGCGGAGGCCCUGGACUUCCGCCAGAGCCUGCCGAGUGGCUCGGAUGAAAACAACACCUACCAGCUUCCCGACGGCACCCCAGUGGAGCUGACCCCCAUGCAGCGGCUGGCCCCCGAGAUGUUCUUCAGCCCCCAGGUGUUCGACCUACAAGGGCCCGGUAUCUCCCAGGCCGUGGUGGAGGCCAUCCUGGCCUGCGAGGCGGCCGUGCACCCGCUGCUCACCUCCCACGUGAUGGCCUGCGGGGGCAACACCCUGUACCCUGGCUUCACCAAGCGCCUGUACAAGGAGCUGAUUGCAGAGCAUUUCUCCUCCACCAAGGCCACCAUGUGGGUGGGUUCCAACAGGAACUUCAGCGUCUGGCUUGGAGCUUCUGUUGUGGCCCAUCUGUCUUCCUACAAGUCCGAGUGGAUGACCAAAGAGGAGUACGAAGAGAGUCAGAGGCUGUGA